AUGGGAUUCUUUGUUAGAUUACUAAGCAAGGGAAUUCUCAGCUCAAUUUUGGACGCUACAAAACUUUUUUACCCAUACGGAAUAAAAAUCUUCAAGUCAAACAAAAUAAUGGUGGAAAUGAACCGUCAUCUUAUUUAA